GACUUAUUUCUCCACAGAAAAAAAAACAAAACAAUGGAGCAGUUCCCCUUGUGCAAUUUGUGCUACGCCAAUAGGUCGCAGCAUCUCAGGGAUGUUCACAGUGUAACCGAUCGCACAGAGCGGAAGCUCCUUCUGGCUGUGGCUUCAGGAAGAUACGCAGGCCCACUAGGCUGCCCAGUGACACAAUGCCAUGGACGAAAAUACAUCCGUCUCGACCGGCAUUUAAAGGCUGUGCACAUUAUGGGGAAAGAUGACAUAAAAUUGAUCCUGGAGGAGUCUAUGAAGAAAGAAAUUGCUUCACAACUGUCUGCCAUAAGCGAAAAAAAACAACAAAAAGGUUCAGCCAGCCAGCUCUCCGCCCCAAAGAAGCACAAAAAAGACUUUGAGUACCUGAUAGCAAUGUUCAAAAAACGUAACUUCAAGAGGGAUAAACUCCAACUAAAGAAGACUGUGAAACACAUCAGGCAUUUUGUACAAUACAUGUGGGGGAUGGAAAGUGCCCCGCCAUCCCACCUCAUGUUUUUAGCAAAGACAGGGAAAGUCAUCAGGUGGAUAGCGAAGCAAAAUAGGCAGAGGCUGGCACAAACCAGAAGGGGUUACCUGGUAGACAUCUUGAGAUUCUUGGUGUUCCUGAGGAGGGAGGGCUUCUCCCAGGUCCGUCUGUCUGCAGCACAGAUGAUGUCCCUGAACAGUGUGCUGAAACAGGAGCUCUCCAACCUCCCAAAGCAGACUGGGACCCACCACCCGGCGGAGGUUCAACAAUCAAGUGAAUUUGCCGAUGGACCCCCACCCCACUCGUCACCACCCCCCACUACUUCAGAGUCAGAGUCUCCAACAACACCCCUUCCUGCUGGAUCACCUGUGCCACCUCCGCAACCGCAGCCCCACCAGCCAGUCCUGAAUGAGGUCAGCCAAAUGGAGCAGAAACAAGAGACCUCAGUUCCUGACGACCAGAUCUCCACCCUCCCAAAGCAGACCGGGACCCACCACCUGGCGGAGGUUCAAUCAAAUGAGUUUGCCGGUGGACCCCCCACCACACACGCCUCUGAGGAUAGCAGAGACGACAAGUGGGACAACAGCACAUUGGGGACAUCGGAGGAUAGCAGAGACGACCAGUCGGACGACAGCACACCGGGGACGUCUGAGGCCGAUGACCAGUCAGAAGACAGCACAUCUGAGACAUCUGAGGACAUCGAAGGACAGGAGAUCCGGGAUGUCUGA